AUGCCAUCUCUAGUUUGCUGCUUCAGGCCAUUGGCCAUGGCGAUGCUGCUACUCAUUCCUGCUGCACUGUGUCAACCGCGUAAGGGCAAUGACAGGAUCACAACGCUCCCUGGGCAGCCUGAGGUGAGCUUUGCGCAGUACUCGGGCUACAUUGGCGUGGAUGGAAUGGGAAGCAGGGCACUCUUCUACUACUUUGUGGAGGCAGAGAUUGACCCUGCCACCAAGCCUCUUGUGCUGUGGCUCAAUGGAGGGGCCUUCUCAGAGAAUGGUCCUUUCAGGCCUAGUGGGCAGAUGCUAGUGAAGAAUGAGUACAGCUGGAACAAAGAAGCGAAUUUGAUUUACCUGGAGACACCAGCUGGUGUUGGCUACUCCUACUCUGCUGAUGCUGCCUACUACCAGGGUGUGGACGACAAGAUGACAGCAAUGGACAAUAUGGUAUUCAUGCAAAGGUGGCUUGAAAAGUUCCCACAGUACAAGGGCAGAGAGCUAUACAUUUCCGGAGAAAGCUAUGCAGGGCACUACAUUCCACAACUUGCCGAGGUCAUGGUAGAGUUCAAUAAGAAGGACAAGAUUUUCAACCUCAAAGGACUUGCUUUGGGCAAUCCUGUUCUUGAGUUCACCACUGACUUCAACUCGAGGGCAGAGUACUUCUGGUCUCAUGGCCUCAUUUCAGACUCAACAUACAGGAUUUUUACCUCGGUUUGCAACUACUCCCGCUAUGUCAGUGAGUACUAUGGUGGAUCGCUUAGCCCACUUUGUGCACGGGUGAUGAACCAAGUAACCCGUGAGACUAGCCAGUUCGUGGACAAGUACGAUGUGACCCUUGACGUCUGCUUGUCAUCAGUCCUCUCCCAGUCAAUGAUCCUCUCCCCUCAUAGGCAGGUCGGGCAGCCCAUUGAUGUUUGUGUCGAGGACGAGACGGUGAAAUACUUGAACAGGAGGGAUGUUAAGAAAGCACUCCAUGCGAAGCUCAUCGGUGUAAAAAAUUGGGCAGUUUGCAGCAGUGUUCUUGAGUACGAGUUCCUCAACUUGCAGAUUCCGACAAUCAACAUAGUUGGCUCACUUGUCAAGUCCGGCAUCAGAGUACUAGUGUACAGCGGUGAUCAGGACUCGGUGGUCCCUCUAACGGGAAGCAGGACGCUGGUGCAGAAUCUAGCGCGCGAUCUAGGCCUCAAGGCAACCAUCCCGUAUCGAGUUUGGUUCGAAGGGAAGCAGGUUGGUGGGUGGACUCAGGUAUACGGCGACAUGCUUUCCUUCGCCACCAUUAGAGGAGCUUCACACGAGGCGCCAUUCUCGCAGCCGGAACGCUCUCUCGUGCUUUUCAGGGCAUUCCUACAAGGCAGGCCUCUACCAGAAACCUUCUCAUGA